AUGCUUGGUUACAAGAAUGCUGUUGCGGAGGCUGGCGGUGACCCAUCUGGCUUUCCCACUCCAGAUUGGUCGGAAGAAGGCACGUUGCGGAGUCUGUAUUUGACUGGAUCUGCUCGAGCAGUGCUCUCGGUCUCAACACCGGGAAUCCCAAUUGCUGGCACCGGUCAGCAGGCCCGUGAUCUCUGUAGAGAAACAAAUGAAUACUUUGCCGACCUAGUAAACAAGCAUCCACUGCGCCUGGACUUCUUUGCUGCCCUUCCAGAUUGGCGAGAUGUAAACGGCACCCUCGAAGAGAUCGAAUAUAUCUACUCGACCCAGAAAGAAGCUGUAGGUGUGACACUUAACACCUCGUAUGGUGAUCUCCUACCCGGGGACGCCACGUUCAAAACAAUCUGGGAUUAACUAGAAAGCUACGGCGCCUUGACUUUCGUAGCUCCGAGCUUAAACAAUAUGUCCAUGAACGAGACAAGCCAUCUCAUGUCUUUUCUUUAGCCACCACAGCGCGACGGGUCAGACCAAUUUCCAUUGACGACUUCAAAGCCCUAGACCUAUUCGAUGCGUUCAUGAGUUAGCAACGUAGCGAUAAG